AUGUCCCAGCCGAACAACGGUCCAACUUACGACAAAGAACUCGUGUCUCUUCAUGGCACAGUCCAUUUUAACCCAGUCACCACACUCGAUGACAUUCACGAACUUCGUCGGCUUACAAGAUCCAGGCUCGACGGCAUCCUUGAGCACCGGCAAGUGAAGCAUCAGACAUACAUCAUCCUAGGGCCGGGCGGCGAUCUUCAGGUGUCGGUCUUUCGUCCGUCCAUUUUGUCCCCAUCCCGCUCGGGGGAUACUCCAGCUAUUAUUUAUAUCCAUCCGGGAGGGAUGGUAGCUGGAGACCGAUUCACUGGCAUUGAGCUGAUGCUUGAACAUGUGGAACAAGAACACGUUGUUUGUAUUACGGUUGAAUAUCGCCUUGCCCCGGAGCAUCCAUAUCCGGCUGCUCUCGAGGACUGCUACAGCACACUUGAAUGGGCAAGGGACAACGCAAUCAAUCUAGGUAUCAGUCCAUCCAAGUUCAUUCUUGCCGGAAUGUCCGCUGGGGGUGGGCUUGCAGCCGGUGUUGCUCUGCUCUGUCGCGAUCGCGGGGGCCCAUCUAUUCGGGGGCAGAUUUUGAUUUCUCCCAUGCUCGAUGACCGCAAUAUCACCAUGUCCAGCCGUCAAUAUACAGAUAAAAGCCCCUGGCCACGAGAGAGCAAUGUGUUUGCGUGGAAGUGUCUUUUAAACGGCGAACAAGGAGCAGCCACUCUCCCGGUUUAUGCGGCCCCUGCGCGCGCCAGCGAUCUCUCUCUCUUACCUGCGACCUACAUUGAGUGUGGGUCGGCAGAUGUGUUUCGGGAUGAGGAUGUGACCUACGCGUCUCGCCUCUGGGAAUAUGGUGUCCAGUCCGAGUUGCAUAUCUGGCCCGGUGGUUGGCAUGCAUUCCAGAUCUACUCCCCAGAGUCGAAGUUGGCAAAAAUGGCAACGGAGACACGCUCUUCGUGGCUUCACAGACAAUUGACCGACAUGGAAGCAGACAAUGAAUAA